AUGGACCAACGAACGCCGUCAACGACCGGCUCGCCCUCUUUAGAGUCUAACCAAGCUGUAUCGAUACAGGGCGCGCGAUCGAUCGCUAGCCGGCGCCGUGACAAACCCCAACUUUCAUGUAGUCUCUGUCGACGCCGCAAGACCAAAUGCGACCGCCAACAACCAUGUUCGAACUGCUCGUCGCGAGGUUUUCCUUGCGUCUACCCAGUGAACCAAGCCUACACCAUGAAGCCAGGACAGCCCACUGGCGAUCCACUGUCACUACAAGAUCGCCUAGUACAUCUCGAACGUCUUGUGAUGACACUGGGCUCGCCAUCAUCACAACCACAAAGCAAUGACAUCAAGGAUACAGGCAGUCGUGUACCAGCGACUGACGCCGGCACAAUACUCGACGACCAAUCAGAUACUGGGAGCAUGCGCUUCAGUGCUACCGAACAUCACUACGUUGGAAGUGAUCACUGGGCCGCCAUCAUGGACAGCAUCGCUGAUCUCAAAGACCAUUUCGAUCGAGAGGAACGACUGAAGCUUGCAGAAAGCCCCACGCAGCCCGUAGGAGUUCAUGGCGAUGGUUGCGAGGAUCUUGAUGCGCGACCCGGGCGUCGACGCGCCUUGCUUUUGUACGGAUGUCGCCCAGCAACUUCAAAAGCUGAGGUUCUCGCCGCUCUUCCGCCAAAACCCGCGGUAGAUCGAUAUAUCGCACGCUACUUCAACCGUCUUGACCUGGUUGCUUCAUCAUCGGUGCAUGGGCCUACCUUUUUGAAGCAAUAUGAGGCUUUCUGGGCCGAUCCUGAUGGCAUUCCCAUCAUGUGGCUUGGCCUUCUUUACAGUAUGAUAUGCCUUGCAGUCAUUGCGUCCGACCCUCCCACCGACAUUCUCGAACAUCAGCAGCAAAGACUGCAUAUUGAUUUGUACCGGGAAAAACUAGUCCAGUGUCUCAUGAUGGGCGGCUACACUUUAGGUGGCGAGCACGCGCUCGAAACGUUCAUGAACUAUGUCUACGUCGAGUUCCGCAUCCACGACGACGCUGAGCAAGAUGUGUGGUUCUUGCUUGGCCUUGAGGUGAACCUGGCAAAGCGCAUGGGCUACCACAGAGACCCCAAACACUUCCCAGGCAUCACUCCACUGCAAGCAGAGAUGAGAAGGAGAGUAUGGGCAACUGUUUUGCUAGGUGAUGUGCUGAUUUCAGGCCAAAUGGGCAUGCCCCGGAUGGUUCGCGAUGGCGAGUUCGACACCGCAGAGCCACAAAAUCUGAACGACGAAGACUUCAAGGAAGACAUGCCUGUGCUGCCUGAACCGCGGCCAGAGACAGAGCUCACAACGACCUUGGGGGUCAUUGCGCGGAGGAGGAUCCUCAUCGCCCUUGGUACGAUCUCGGAUUUAACUGCCUCGCUCAACUCAUGCAGCUAUGCCGAGAUCAUGCGCCUGGACGAAAUUCUCAACAAAGCCGGCAUGAGCAUACCUCCCCCGCUGAAGGCCAAGUCCAUGGCCACGAGUGUCACCGACUCACCUCAAACCAUCAUGGCACGGCUCUUUCUCAGCCACAUGUUCCACAAGGGGAAAAUCAUGCUCCACCGGCGCGUCUUGUUUGCUCGGUCGAUGUCCCCAACGCGUGAUACCUUCACGUACUCACGGAGCGCAUGCCUCGAGGCGUCUCUAGCGACACUAAAGAUACAGCAAGUCUUGGACGAAGAGACUUGUCCUGGCGGUCAGCUCCACAUGAUGCAUUGGAGGGUUGGCUCGAUCAUGAACCACCACUUUUUAACAGCAACCAUGAUUCUAUGUUCUCUGGUACACCGAAAGCAGGUCUUUGGUCGCGGAGACGAGAUCAUAUCGGCGCUGCGGACGGCCCGCAGUAUAUGGAUGAGAAAAGGUGAUGGCUCGCACGAAGCCAAAAAAGCAGGCGAAGCCGUCAGUAUUGUUCUCGCACAAGCCGGUGGGCCUCGAUUCGAUGCCUAUCUCUCUGUUGGUAGAGAUGAUUUGGUUGGGGUGUCUCGCGAUGGAAUGAACGACCAGCAACCGCCCAACACUGGUAUGACAGACGAAGCCAGCGGCUAUGAUAGCAUGGAAAUAUUGCUCUUCAACGAGACGUUUGGCAUUGACCCUGGACUAGAGCACUUUUUGGCCGAGGUGAUUCAGGGCACAGUACCAACUGGGCGUAGACUUUCGGGUGGUGGGAUCAAUGAGGGUAAUUUGUCGACGGGUCCUUCAAUCGAUGACUGGAUGAUGCGAGAAGAUACGGUCUACAAACGAUAG